AUGAAACGAGCAGGAAAAUAUUUUAGUAUCGUGUUGAAAAACGAAUUUCAUGGAAAAGAUUUCAGUUUUGUCCACAUUAGCUACUUCGUUCACAGCAGAAAAAAAAGUUAUCUACAAAUAAAACUUCAUAAUUUCUUUUUGCUGCGACUCAGCAAACAGGCAACGUCAAGUCGUGGAAAUAAAUGUUUUAUCGUGUCGCAAAAUUCACUUCACGAUAGUUUCAUACAAGAUAGCCACAAACAAAGGAACAUCUUACUUCAUUCAGUGACAGAGACAACCAAGUGCAGUGGCAAAAGAUACGAACGAGAACUUCUGAAUUGCUCUGGUGUUUGUGUAAUUCCAAGAAAUAAACAAGAUCAAUCCGCAAAAAUAACUUUACGAAGGGUUUCAAUGCUUCGACAAGUAUCCAGUCAUAAAAGAAGUAACAAGAGACGAAAUGAUUAUGUAGAAGAACCUGAUUAUUACCACAAUUUUUCAAGGCUCAUAAAGCCACAAAGCGAAAGAAAAAAAAUAUUUCAUGUGUCUUGUUUUGAUGAAAUUUAA